CAUCGAUGCAAUAAGACCGACAGCCGGCUUUUGAGCGUCCGGCGUUUACUUGCCACUUGCAUCUCGCCACUUCAACGGGUUCGUCGAAACUCGACACAACCGGCCACCCAACCUACCUUCUUCUCUCACUCCCAUCACCCUUCCUUCACCGUUCUUCACCAUCACAAUCGCACCCAUAUAACCGCAUACGCCCACCUCGCCUCAUCUGCUUGCCAUGAGCCCGCUACCGCCAUGUCCGUAUACGGCUCUGGGUGUGCCCAAGGAUGCACAGUUGUCGGAAAUCCGCACUGCCCACCGGAAGCUGGUCCUUAAAUGCCAUCCGGACAAGGUGCAGGACCCGAAACUCAAGGCCGAAAAGCAAAAGGAGUUUCAGAAAGUCCAGCAAGCUUAUGAACUUCUAACCGACGAGAACAAGCGGGCAAAAUAUGAUGACCAGAUCAGGUUGAUAGAACUCCAGAAGAAGAGGGCAGCCGAGGCCAUUUCAUCGUCUCCUCGCACGACUACGCAUUACGUCAACAUCCGGACCGCUGAGCCUCUGCCCGAUAGCUUGAAAACUAAAUCGUCUUCUCGAGCGUCGCCGGUCACCGGAACGACGGCGUAUUCGCAGUCUCGGUCGUAUGAAGAUGACUUGACCAGUGCCCGCUUUUUCGAGGAGGCUGUGCGCAGUGCCCGACGCCAAGCUUCAUACGACGAUAAACCCUCUCGGCGAGAUAACGAUAGGGAUCGAGACCGCGACCGAGAUCGCGACCGAGACCGAGAAAAAGAACGUGAACGGAGGCGCCGAAGGGAGGAGCAAGAAGAAAAGGAAAAGCUCGCUCGUGCAGCAGCCGAGAAGGAGGCGCGUCGGGCCGAUAAGAAGCGUGUCGACAAAGAGCGGAAACGUGAAGUCGAGGAGAAGCGAAGACAAAAGUCACCAUACGUGGAACCGUAUGAUGAUGACGAAUACCGCCUCCCCAAAUCUGAGAGGGAGAGGAAGAAGUCGACUUCCUCGACGUCUAAGAAGCAUGAUGACAGGGACAAGCCCGAACGAGAACGGGAACGGGAACGGGAACGGGAGCACCCGGUGCAUCCCGUGCAUCCAGUGCCCCAAGAGGAAGAGGAAAACCCCGCGUUGCCCAUGGACAAGACACAGAAGGACAUGCUCAACGCCGUGCGGUACAUGUUUUCUGCCCGUCAAAAGGCCCAGCCGUCUCUGAGCCGAGCGCAGACUUACUCCGAGCCACCCUACAACGUCCGGUACGCAGAGCCUCCAGUCGCGGUUCCCACACCACCGGCGCCCCAGGACUCCCCCUUUUCACCUCCUCCUGUUACGGUAGACGAGGAUAUCCCCCGCCGAUCAUCUGCUAAAUCUUCAGCCAGACGGUCCUCGGACGCGCCUAAAGCCAGGGAGGGAUCGACUCAUAAAAAGUCAUCUUCUGGUUCUAAGGAUUCCAUUCCGACCACCCCUAUCAUUAUCGACUCAGCCUCUCCUCGCAUGCCUCCUCAAUUCUUCAAGGCCGGUACAACCCCGCCUGCAGUGCCAGAGUCGCCUCCAAGGAAGGGCCACCUUGCAAGGGCGAACACCUUGACAGAGGAUUACGGACGCACUCCGCCUCAGCCGUCCAUCUCGCGUGCCCAGACGUACCACUACGUGGGCGAGCCAGACCCGCGCAUGCCUGAUCCGCGAGGCCGGAGCCGCUCGAGGCUGCAGUCUCAGGUUUUGAGCGAUGACAGCGACUCGGAGGAUGAGCACGAGCGCCGCCGGAGACGCGAACGACGCCACAAGACUCACUCACCGCCGCCGCCCAUGCCUGCCGACUAUCCCACGCCUCCGUCACGCCACUCGACCCGUUACACUGUGAGCAAUGGACACACGGCUCCUAUUCCGGUCGACCGGGCGUAUUACCGUGAAGAGUCGUCGCCUCCUCCUUCGAGGAAGUCCAGUAAGGCCGCAUACUAUUCUUCAUCUCACCCCCGACCGCCUAUGCCUUCGCGCGAGGCAGCCUACAGCAACAGUGGCGGUGCUUACUACUCCAAAGUCAAGACGUCCAAAGCGUACUCGCCAGAGGAUGUUCAGUAUUCCGACAUUCCUCACGCUAGCUACUGGCCAGAGGGCUAUGCCCGGGCGUAGGAUGCAUAGUU